AUGGGGUAUGAGGUGGAAGAAAGGAUCAUUGAGCUAUAUGCCCAACAUUUAUUGAGAAAACUAGUGGAUGCAAUAGAAGAAAGGUUUGGAACCUAUGUAGAAAAGAGCUUGGACUUACAUGCUAAGUUCAAGAAGCCGAAGAUACAGAAAAAGAAGACUAUUAUAUCUAAAGCCAAGCCAUCUAGUGAAGGCAAGAGGAAGCAAGUAAUAUUUGUGAAUGUAGAGGGUGAUGAAGAAAUAGAGUUCAAUGAAUUUGUAAAGGAGGUAAAGGCUAAAUUAGCUAAGGCCACCAAAGUCACAAAGGAGAAACCAUUCGGUGGAGGAAAAUCUAGUAAGAAACCAAAAUCAUUCGGAAUUGAUGAGGUAAUGAAGCAAGAAAAAUUUGAAGUUAAACAUCCCAUGUCCUUAAAUGAAAUUACAAAUGAGGUGUUAUUCCUGAAUGUCGACCUGCUGAUGUAUUUGUUUUCUUACCUACCUUUGCUUCCAUUGACAACAAGCCUUAAUAGAACAUUUGAGAGAUACAAGAGGAUUCAUUCAAAGGAGAAGGAAUUUGAAGCAAAUGCCAAUUCAAACAUAGAGCAAUGGAAGGUGGAAGUAACGAGGUUGAGGCAUCAAGUUAAUACUCUAAUAAAUGAAAAGAGGAAUCUAGAAGGAGAAAAUAUUUCAUCUCUAGACAUUAAUCAACUUAAACAACUUGAGAUUUACCUUAAACAAGGACUUGAUAGAAUACGAUCUAAGAAGGAUAAUAUGAUCUUUCAAGAGAUUGCAACAAUUCAACAAAGGGAAAGAUUUUUGCUAGCUCAAAAUCAACAACUACGUGACAAGAUUACACAAAUUGAAAAUGCAAAACUUACAAAUGCAUUACAAUGCUCCAACAACUUCUUACUUCAAGCAAAUGUCAACAAAAGUACUAUGAAUGGAGAUUUGAUUAAGAUGGUUCAUAAUUAUCCAUCAGAAGAUUCAACUAGUACUCACACUACUCUACAAUUAGGAGGUGCACAUUAUUAA